CUAUUAUUCCUCUUUCGACCGUAGUCUAAUCAUGGCAUCGAGUCAACUUGCCAGUCGCGCGGACGCUGGUCGCCUUCGAGUCUUGCUCGUCUCCGACAUUCACACCAACGUCGACCGAGUCACCCAGCUCAACGACUGGCUCCACGAGCACAACGAACUCGUCGAUGUGAUCUUGCUCGCAGGAGAUAUCGCAAACAUGCAUGACGGAGACUAUGACGUGCCUGAGCGCGAGACAGCCUUCGAAGGCGACAUGUCCACGGUGAUUGGAGCGCUCGAGAACAUUUGCACAUCCGUGUACUACAUCCCCGGCAAUCACGACCCGAGGACCACCUUUGAACGAAAUCCGCUGCCCAAACUCACGUCGUUCUCGACAAACAUUCAUCGUCGCGUUGUUCGAAUCUCUCGCGACCUCGUCUUUGCGGGCUAUGGCGGCAGUGUGCCUUCCUUCCAGAACGGGCAAGUUCUUUGGUCGGGCUACCCGCAUGCCACCGAUGACGUCGUUCGAGAACCUUUGCAACGACUCUUGACGCUGGGAAACGAUGACUCUGGCAUCCAGCACUCCGACUCUGUGAUUCUGAUGACUCAUUUUGGUCCCGAUGGCAUCGACACGACGUUGGAUCGUUCAGACCCGCUUGCUCCCGUGCACACAGGUAGCAAAUCAUUGACUGCCGUGCUCCGCAAUAGCCCAUUGAAUAUCCCGCUGCACAUCCACGGCCAUACACACAACUCUCCCGGCCGCGUAACGAUUGGCAAGACGAUUGUGUUCAACCCGGGCUCGCUCACCGAGUCCAGGUUUGCCCUGCUGACGCUUGAACGCAGCUUAAAUCUGCAUCGCUGGGUGUUGAGCUCCUCCACUUUUCUAGAUCUCCCGUAGCAUGAUGUUUGAAAGCAGAAUACACACUAAAGUUUUUUGAGGAGGC